GGGAAUGAGCUGGAGACUACGAGUGGUGAUCUCAAGGUAGUAGGAGGCACAGACGAGGAUGAAAAUUGGCAUACCGCGGAAAAGAAAAUUCACUUAAAUGGGAUCACGAGCACUUUGGAAGCUAAGUCGUCCUCAGCAAGCUCGGACACAGUUACGGGUGUGAGUGACUACGAUUUGGACACAGAAGAACACCUAACGACUAUAGCGACAGCGGAAAUGGCUACUGGGGCCCCUGACAUUACUUUUCCCGAGGAUAUAUUAAAAAAACACCUUUUUACUGGACUCUGGACUCUGGAUGACCACACUGCCAGCGGUGACAGUGAAUCUUCAGAUUCACAUGUACAAACUUCACAAGUUACAGAAUCCACUGGGACUGAAGUGUCUCUGAUCGUUGAAAACGGAUCGUCUACCGAACUGCAGCCCUCUUCAACGACUCAGGAGACUUCACAAAACCCUGGGGAACAAUUUUCUACUGAUUUCGAAUAUAGCACGGUUGAGAGUGCGACUACUGCAGCAGGAACUCUGGAAGGCCUAACCCCUCAACCCCACGGCAAUAAUCACGAGCAAACCCUCGAAUUAUCGACGGCGAAUCCUUCUGUUGCCAGUCCGGUAGCUGACAUUAGUGAUUCAACUCUGUCGGACAAGGAGACGUCCCUCACACCUAAUGAAGAACUUGAAGAAACAGAUCCUACCACUCCCACUGAGGGAGGUCUCUCAGAUGGCGUUGCCGCGGCUGCUGCGUCCGUCAACGGUAGGUUGCCCUCAAUCAUCAGUUUGUUAGCCAAUGAGACGUAA